AAAACAGUUAUCGACAGUCAUUUACAAAAACGAUUCCACUGCAACCAUUUCACUGCAGAACAAUUAAAUAAAUUUUGUAAACAUGGUAAAUAUGAUGUGUUUGCUGUGCCUGAAGACACUGGAAGACAAAAACAGAUGUAUUGAAAUAAAUUCUAGCCCGUGGCUGGAAUUCGAAAUUGAAAUGUUAAUCGAUAAACAUCUAUGGUCAAUGGGACCACUCUUAACGACAGCUUCAUGUAUUUGUUCCAAUUGCUGGGAUAAGCUGUAUGAUUUUCACAAGUUUUACAAACACAUAGAGGGAACACAUGAACUAUUAAUAAAAACGGAACAAUGCUACGAUUCAGAUGAUAGUUUGCCGAAAACCUUGGAUGACAAUGGAAAUACAAAUGAUCAACAUUCAGAAAGUUCCAUUGAAAUUAAACAAGAACCAUCAGAGCUUCUUGUUGCCUUGACAAGAACAAAUAGCAUUGAUUCCUAUAACAUGGAGAAUGACUUUGAAAACGAAGAAGACUUUUUGGGAUUUUCGGAUGAGAGCAAUAAUCCAUUCGAUGGCGGUAGGAUGAUAAUAAAAACCGAACCAUACUGUAUGCAUAUGUACGAUUAUGAAAUUGUUGGUGAACAAGACUCUACAGAUUCCAUCAUCAGACCUCAAGAAAAUCAAGAGCCUAUGGAAGUCUUGGCAAAUAAUGAAAGUACGCCAAGUACGGAAGAUGAAGAUGAUUCAUUGGAAUAUAGCUACUCUAGCGACAAAUCCAAAGACAACGAUUCAAUUCAUACUGACAGUGACGACGACUCACCACCACUGGUAUUGAAAACUCCAAAGGAAUGCCAGGCAAAUCCUGCCAAGAAUGUAAACAAACAAUUUAAACUAAAUAAAGACGAAGACAGAAUCACAGUUAAUAAGGUAAUAAGUCCGACAAAUAAGCGACAAAAAAUGGAUGAAGGCGAGGACGCGAAAAGAUCCAAGACGCGAGCAAGAUCUAAUGAAGAAUGGGAUGAAUUACUUCAUAAAUACUUUAACAUCAAAUGCCAUAAAUGUGAUACAAUUUUCGCCAACUUUGACUUGCUUCGCACACACUUCAGUCAAAAACACAACGAAUUAUGCUAUAUAAUGUGCUGCUCUACCAAAUUCUUUAAGCGGAGUGAACUGAUAGAUCAUGUAAAUAUUCACCUCGAUGCGGAAUAUUUUAAGUGCAAUGUUUGUUCGGAAAUUUUUGACGAUCGUCAAAAAUUAAAUGUCCACAAAAAAAUACACGGGAAAACAUUCGUGUGGUCUUGUGAUAUAUGUCAUGAGAAAUUCCCCUCAAAACGAAGUCGAAAGGUCCACGAGCAGAUGCAUGUUCAGGAACAAUUUCAUGGCUGUCAUGAUUGUGGUAAAAUGGAUGGAAAUUAUAAAAAGAAACAAAAAGAAACAGAAAUAAACAAAAGAAAAAUGAUUCGCUAUAACACUGAUGUCAUGAAUCUACCGGACAAAGAGUUUGAGAAAUAUUUCCGCCUAACAAAAAAAGCUUUCACUUAUGUGCUGGAAGCAAUUUCUCCUGAGUUCAAAAUUGCGUACAGGUCAAGUGGUGUGUCUAAUAAACUAAAGUUGGCUGCCACUUUAUUGUUUUUGGGACAAGGAUCGUAUCAGCUCGGAGUCGGUAGUGACUUCAACCUAGGAUUGUCGCAGCCGACUGUAAGUAAAGUUCUGGCGGAGACUCUGAGUGCGUUAGAAAAGACCAUUUGUCCAAUUUGGAUCAAACUUCAAAUGAGCGAAAAAGAAAAAAUGAAGGCAAAAGAACAUUUCUUUGAAAAUCAUGGAUUUCCUGGGGUGAUUGGUUGUGUGGGUGGAACGUACAUUAAAAUUAAAGCUCCUGCCAAAGAGGUGCGGCAUAUGUACAACAAUCGUAAGGGCGUUGCUAGUUUGAAUGCUAUGGUUAUAUGCGAUCAUAAUAUGCAUAUACGCUUUUUGGAUGCUCGGCAUGGUGGCGCUACCCCCCACCACUUAAUUUGGAGUUCAAGUAAAGCAAACACAUUUUUUAAGGAACUUUAUGAUACAGAACACCGCAACUAUUGGCUUUUAGGAGGUUCGGAGUAUCCUCUCGAACCAUAUCUAAUGAUUCCAUUUGCUCGUGCUGAGGAUGGCAGCGCAGAGGCCAUAUACAACACAAAACAUUCAAAAGCCAGACACAUUAUGGAACGCACAAUCGGAGUGCUUAAGAACCGAUUUCGGUGUCUUUUUGGUAUACGUCCGCUUUAUUAUGAGCCCAAUAAAGCCCAGCAAAUUGUAAAUGUAUGCGCAGCGCUACAUAAUAUCUGCAUACAAUAUGGCUCGAACCCCCUUAACGACGAGGAUAUGGUAUCAUUGGAAAAAAAUGAUGAAAAUUUAGAACAAACCAUUUUAGAUAGUUCUAUAAAUGAAGAAGCAUCAGCAAUACGGGAAAAAAUAAAGCUAAGUUUCUUGUAAUUCAA